GUGGGACGCGCGCGGCUGCGAGCCUGCGGGACAUGCCCCCCGCGCCGGCUCCUUGCUGGCGGCCAUGAAGAGGCAGAACGUGCGGACUCUGUCCCUCAUCGUCUGCACCUUCACCUACCUGCUGGUGGGCGCCGCCGUCUUCGACGCCCUCGAGUCGGACCACGAGAUGCGCGAGGAGGAGAAACUCAAAGCCGAGGAGAUCCGGAUCAAGGGGAAGUACAACAUCAGCGCCGAGGACUACCGGCAGCUGGAGCUGGUGAUCCUGCAGUCGGAGCCGCACCGCGCCGGCGUCCAGUGGAAAUUCGCCGGCUCCUUCUACUUUGCCAUCACGGUCAUCACCACCAUAGGUUAUGGGCACGCGGCCCCGGGCACCGACGCGGGCAAGGCCUUCUGCAUGUUCUACGCGGUGCUGGGCAUCCCGCUGACACUGGUCAUGUUCCAGAGCCUGGGCGAGCGGAUGAACACCUUUGUGCGCUACCUGCUGAAGCGCAUCAAGAGGUGCUGCGGGAUGCGCAACACGGAGGUGUCCAUGGAGAACAUGGUGACCGUGGGCUUCUUCUCCUGCAUGGGGACGCUGUGCAUCGGCGCGGCCGCGUUCUCCCAGUGCGAGGAGUGGAGUUUUUUCCACGCCUAUUACUACUGUUUCAUCACGUUGACUACCAUCGGGUUCGGGGACUACGUGGCCCUGCAGACCAAGGGCGCCCUGCAGAAGAAGCCGCUCUACGUGGCCUUCAGCUUCAUGUACAUCCUGGUGGGGCUGACGGUCAUCGGCGCCUUCCUCAACCUGGUGGUCCUCAGGUUCUUGACCAUGAACAGCGAGGACGAGCGACGGGACGCCGAGGAGAGGGCGUCCCUGGCCGGGAACCGCAACAGCAUGGUCAUCCACAUCCCCGAGGAGGCGCGGCAGGGCCGGCCCCGCUACAAGGCGGACGCGCCGGACCUGCAGUACGUGUGCUCCUGCACCUGCUACCGCCCGCAGGAGUACGGGGGCCGCCCAGCCGCCCAGCAGAACUCCUUCAGCGCCAAGCUCGCCCCCCAGUACUUCCACUCCAUCUCGUACAAGAUCGAGGAGAUCUCACCAAGCACGUUGAAAAACAGCCUCUUCCCCUCCCCCAUCAGCUCCACCUCCCCCGGGUUACACAGCUUUACCGACAACCACAGGCUGAUGCGACGGCGGAAGUCCGUUUAGGGUGCGGGGCGUGCCGGGCAGGCGGGAAAAGUCGCUUGUCCUCCUUGACGUCAAGUGCCACCGGCCCACCUCGUCUUUUCGUUCUCAUUUAUUCGUUCCGAGCAUCCUUGGUUGUGAUGGUCAUUGUCACGAUUACCUUCCCUCCUUCCUUUUCCCUCCCCCCCCAGGUUUCACGUCCUCCCCCACCGCCCCCGGCGAGACAGAGCAGGCCCAAGGGGAGAGAAAGGCCCGACUCCCUCUGAGACUCGCGUCUGAGCAUGAAGCAUGGAUUCCUUCCUCCCUCCCUCCCUCCCUUCCUUCCCAGCGAAGAAUGCCUUACACCCCUCCCCCGCCUGCCCCACCUCUGGGGUGGCUCUCCCAGGACAGGUGUGAGACCAAGACCACCAGGCAGAGCUGAGAGAAUAUACCCGACCCAAAGUUGCCCCCCAGGCUGCCAGCCGGCCAGAGACCACCGAUGUGGUGUCUGCCCUAACUUCCUCCCUCUCGUCCUCCCGAGCACUGGGUGGGUGUGCAUGCGCGGAUGGUGUGUGAGUGAGUGCACACGCCCGUGUACCUGUGUGUGUGUGUGUAUGUGUGUGUAUCGUGUGACAAAGCGGAAAGUGGCAGGUAUUAAUUUUUCUUUUCCACGACACAGUUCUGUUAAGAACCUGCUUUCAGCUGCUUCCAAACAAAAACGGGGAAACAAAACCCGUGAGGCUUUUGAUUUACCAUUCUGUCAAAUCAAGCAUGCUCCAUAAGCAGGCUCUAUCCCAGAUGUGUCAUGACCAUAUUCUUUAGACGCUACGUUCUAAAUUAUAUUAACUUCUUUUUCGGGGUGGGUGGGAAAGAAGAUACGGAUCAUUUUAGCUUGCCAGUUCAAAAAUUUUUUAAAAGCAUGCACUUUGUUAAAACUGGUAUGCAUUACCAACGCAAGAAAACAGAACUAGCAGCAGAAUUAAUCAAAAGCCAAGAAUAAUACGAAUUAAAGACAUUUUUUAAUUUUAUCAUCUCCAGUUCCAACAAUUUACCGCACAACUGGAAGCGUCAGGGGAAACUGGAAAAUUGUUGGAACCUCAGAGUAUUUUGUUAUUUCCCUCUCGCUUACAUGGUGGUGAUGGUGGUUUAUGCAGCAUCGAUCUGCAUAAGUAAGAAUCACAGUGUGGGAUGCUUGGAGGAGAAUGGGUAUUCGUGGAUGUGGUUUCCUUUCCUAAUAAAAAAUGACAGGGCAUUCCUUGUUUAAAAUAUAUAUAUAUAUAUAUGUAUGUAUGUAGUUCAAGAAAGACGGUCUCUAAUUGCAUUUGAUUUGUAAAUAAGGGCAAGUCUGUGUUGGUCUCAGGAAGCGUUUGGAGGUAAGGGUGGUGUCUUGGCCUGUUGGGAACUUGUCGAUCUCCGGGGAUGGUUUUCCUGAGGAGUGGAGAAAUUCCUCCCCACCCUCCCUUUAGAUGGCUCAGUGGGAAGGCCUGUUAGUCUCCUGGGGGCAGCUAGGUCAUUGAAUAUGGCAUGUUGCAGGCCUUUUCAAUGACAGGAGUAAAGGAAAGUCUGGUGCCUUUCAUUUGCCCGGUCACCACCCCUGUCAUUUGUAAAACUCACCUAUCCUCCCAUGGCUUCUACAUAAACUCAAAGGUCACGGCUCUUGGAUAGAAAAGGGCUUUAACUGCUUUGCCCAGAAGCAGCAGUGGGAGCCCCCGUGGGAUCUCCCAGAAGGGAGGAUCUCCCUAGAAAGAGUGGACCUUCAAGCUUCCUGAAAGGAGAGGGCACUAAAUGCCACCAGUCCCAAGCACCUGGGCCACUGGACUGAAAUGCAGCAGUCCAGGCUCCUCCAAAGAGGCAGAUACUGCAGUGUUUACGUCACAUGUUGAAAAUGGUGCCUGCAUCAGGACACAGAGCCUGAGGAAGGGGUCUGGGAACCACAGCUUCUCGAGGCCAGAAUAGACCGUUCUCAACCUUCAAGGUUGUCUCAAUGCACUCAUUUUGAAUAGAUGCAUAUUUUAAAAAUUUGUCCAGAAAAUAGAAGCAGUUAAUUUUUUUUUCCCAUCGGAAGAAAUUUUUGGUGAUAGGGGGUCACGGGUAUGAAAAUACUAGCCCAUCCUUGCAGAGUGCUUCAUGUAUUGGAGGAGUCCGCUUAGAAGAAGUGUGAGGUUUCUCAUCAAAACCUUUGUAAGGUGCGUCCUCAGAUAUCUUUGAUCUAGAGAGGAGACUGAGGUACUGAGAGGGUGAGGGAUUUGCUCAAUGUCCCAGAGCUGGUCCUGGUCCAGGAAGCGGACCCCGCCACACCACGGUGUCCUCGUUAGGCCCUCUACUGAGGGCACCUGCCUCUCUGUCCACAGGUAGGUGCACCAGGACCCUGGAGUCAGAGGAGCAUGGGCUCAACUCUUCAUUCAGAGCUGGUUUCCUGACUCAAAUAUCCAUUUAAAGUGGCCUUCUACUUAAAUGCCUCCAGUGACAGAGAGCUCCUCCUUUCUUGGGGAGAUUGGGAAAACAUUCCGUAUUCUAUAUUUCCACAGAGUUGACUGUUCUGUAUAGGAUUAAGGAUCAUAGGAUGGAGUUUUUGCUGUUCAGUGAUGACCACCAACUUAAAUAUUGGAAGCAGCAUAGAACCUGUCCUGCCAUAUCCCUCUUACUUCUCUGUCCUUGGCGACUGUUCAGCCCUCUGAAGGACAAUCAGUGAGUCUUCUCUUCCAAAGUUAAACAUCCUUUUUCAUGCUUGGUAUAUUGAGGGGACAGAGGGGAACCUAGCUUUGCUUCUUUUGUGACAACCAUCUCUUUCUUAGGUGAUGGCCCAGCGGUUCGCUACCGUGGUCUCUGGCCAAGGAGUUCUCUGUGCGCACCAAUGAGGUGCUCUCUUGGGGACAGUGAGUCAAGGGCCUCCAGGGUCCUUCUCUUCCAAUAAAAUGGGUCUGAGGAAUCUCCAUCUAGGGCUUGGACACCGGAGACCUGCUCAGUCAGCACAAGAAUCCUCAAAAAGCCAAGAGGAAGCUUAGUCUGAGUCACCUCACCGAGAUCCCUCAUUUUUCGGGGGGUGGGGGAGAAGUUGAAGUGCAGAAAGAGUGAGCUGGCAUCUCAGGUCAGCCAGCCAGGCCCUUGGUCUUCUUGUGGGUUUCUCCUGCUUUCUUUCCUCAGCACCUCAAGGAGUCUCUGUUCCUCCCUCUCAUGCCUGGCGACUUCUUUCCGGAGUCAGGCUUCUCACACCCUUCCAGGUAGCAGUGCCCACUCGGCGAAGGGGAGAAGUCACAGGAGUUUGGAGGCAGGCUUCAGCUUCAGUUAGGAUGAGCUGAGAAGAGCUGCAUUCCACCUGAAUCACAGGGGGACUGGCUGGCCACCCAGUUCUAGAUGCAGGGUCUAAAAGUCAACAUGCCUUGUAGAUCCUUCAAGAGCUUUUGGACUCUUGCUCGAACGUUUUCCGCCUAGGAGAUCUUAAUCCAUCCACUCCACCAAAGACAGGAGGGUGGGCAGUGGCCCUGAUGGUCCCAAACAGGUCUGGGUGCUUUCUAGAGACCUUCCCUGUUUCCCUCUUCACCACACCCUUGCUGGGUGGAAGGUGCUAUCACACCACGGGACUGUUAGACUCUCAUUUACCUCAGAGUGAACCCACUGUCUGGGUUUUUGAGAUGCCUGCUUAGCCCCGGAGCUGGGAUCGGGUCUCUUCCCACCCACACCCCUUUGUCUUGAAACCCAGGCAGCAGACCCUUCAGCGCAGUCAGCUGCCCGGUGCUCCCUGCAGCAUCUGUUGUGCUCCUGCCGUGCAUCACUGAUGGGGAAGAGCUGCCUGCACUGGGCAUGAUCACAGCAGGUCAUUUGCAGCCCAAAGAUCCCCACUGGGAGAGGAAGCGGAUGGACCCAGGCUGUUGGCCAGGAGGCCCGCCUUUGCAGGUGCCGAAACCCCAUCUGUAAAAAGGGGAGGGUGACUGCAGAACCUUGGCUGUUUCUUCUCUGCGCAAGGGGCCUUGAGUGGGGAACCGUCUGGACAGUAACUCAGAAACCCACCAAUAAGUCUAGGAGGUCGUUUUUCUCUGCCUCACCUAGAUCUGAAAGCCUUGUGGAUCCUGAUUCCUAGCAACGAUCACUAGCAGCUGGAAGGAACGGGUUAGAGGCGUUCACUGUGUGUGCACAUUGACUUGGAGAGGGAGGUAAGAGCACAGAUGAUCAGAGGAGGAAAGCCACCCACCACUGAGGUCUAUGGCCCUAUUUCUUUACGCAGUCUUUUUAAAUAAUUGGCCCUAAUUAAGAUACCAGUUACGGGCAUCCACAGAGGCGUGAGGUCUGUGUUGGAAUGCAUCCAUUCUACUAGUGUGACGGGUACCACCUUCUGAAGUGCUCCAAGAGGGGUGUCAGACUGGGCGCGUGUCACGUGCAGGCCUGCUGCUGGGGCUCUGAUGUGGGUUUCCUCCAGUAAUGGCUUGUGUGGGAUUCUGGACGCCUCCCAGUAGAGGAAGGGUUGGCAGGGCAGGGACCUGGUGCAUACCUGCUGCUUCGCUGGGCCCCCAGAAGUCAUAGGACCUUCCCAGACCUCUUACUGUCCCAUAACACGACGGGACAGCUUGGGUGGGAUUGAUGAGCACUUAGCACAAAAUGAAUUUGACCCAUGAAGACGUGUGCCCUGGGUGCCCCCCUCAAUGGGCAUAUUUGAAGGUCAGGACACCAGAAAGAAUACCAGCAACAAUUUGGUUUGGCAGGGUGCUGGGGAGACAGAGAGGGACAUGUGGUGACACCGAGAACAGAGGUCAUCACGUGAACCAGGACCAUACGUUCUGGGUUCCCCAGAGCCCUGGGCAGAAAUCCAUCUUGACCUCACACCUUGGUAGGCGCUGCUGU